AUGCAAAGUAAAAUAGCUGGUAUUGUCAGCUUGUCUGAUGAUGCUGCCGCUAUCGUUUCUACCAACGUUAGUGAUUUACCUAAAACUUCAAUAAAUAAUAAAUGGAUACCACAAACAUUAUUACGUUCACAUCAACAAACAAAUACUAAUAUAAUACGUACACAAGAAGAAAAAGAUAAUGAUGUUUUUCGUCGAUGUCGUGCUUUACUUAAUAAAUUAACACCGGAAAAAUUUGAUAAACUUGCUGAUGAUUUAGCUAAUCCAUCAUUUGGAAUUGAUUCACCACAUUUAUUAAAAGGAGUUAUUUUACUUAUAUUUGAUAAAGCAUUAGCUGAACCAAAUUAUUGUUCAUUGUAUGCUGAAUUGUGUCGUCGUUUGGAUCGUGACGCACCAAAUUUUGAACCAGCUGAUGCACCUAUUCGAACAUUUCGUCGUUUACUUUUAGCUAAAUGUGAAUACGAAUUUGAAAAUCGUAUUCUUCUUGGACAAUCACCAACAACAAAUACAAAUUCAAAUACAACUGAAGACGAUAUGAAUCCACAAGAAGCCCGUAUUCAAGCUCGUAAAAAAGCUAUUGGAAAUAUAAAAUUAAUAGGUGAAUUAGGUAAACUUGAUCUUGUAUCAGAAGCAAUAUUACAUAAAUGUUUAAAAACAUUAUUAAAACGUGGUACAAAUGAAAAUUUAUCUGAACGUUGUGAAGAUCUUGAAUGUUUAAAAAAAAUAAUACAAACAGUUGGAAAAAAAUUAGAUCAAGGACAAGGAAAAAAUCUCAUGGAUCAAUAUUUAGAACGUAUUAAAAAAAUUCAAACACAAAAUGAUUUACCAUUACGUAUUAAAUUUAUUUUACAAGAUAUUAUUGAUUUACGUUCAAAUAAUUGGAUACCACGUUUAGCAUUUAUUGAAAAAGAAACAAAAUUAACUGAUGAUGAUGGUAAUCAACAAACACAAAUAACAUAUAAAUAUCAACCAACACAUACAAUGAUUCCAUCAUUAGCAAAUCCAUUUGCUUAUUCAUUUCAAACAUCAUCAACACCAACAAGUCUUUUUCAACGAACACCAUUUCAUCCUUCAAUUUUACAACGUCCUAGACCAACACAAGUCACUUCAGAUAGAUAUCAAUUUGAAAGACUUAAUCCUUUAUCAACAGAACCUGAAUUACCAAAUGCUCCUACAUCACGUCAAACAUAUCGUUCAACAAAUUCUCCUAAAUCUCGUCUUCGUCAACAUGAUAAUUUAACUAAUCCUUUUGAUAAUCAAUCUAAAGAUAAUGAUUUAUCCAAUAAAUUAUCUAAUGGAAAUACAAAUCGUUCAUCAAAAUCUCCAACAUAUACAAAUGGUUUACCAACAACAAAUGGAUCAACAAAUCGUCCAAAUUCAUCAUCAUCAUCAUCAUCAUUCAGUCUUCGUCCAAAACAACCAAUAAAUAAUCGUAUACCAAUGACUGAUCGUGAAGAAAUGGAUUCACCUAUAAUAUCUAAAACAACGAAUGAUUCAAAUAAAAAACCUACAUCAGAAAUUCUUGCUAAUCAUCCAUUAACAAAAAAUAUGAAUAAUUUAUCAUCAUUAAUUAAAUCAAAAGAUUCUCAUCAUCAUCAUCAUCAUAAUAUAUCAAUAAAUAAAAAUUUAACACAAACAGCUUCAACAAUGACACGUGAUGAAUUAUUUUUAAAAUAUAAUACAUUUUUUCAAAUGUCAUUAAAUGAUUUUGAUAUUAUACUUAAUGAAUUACGUACAUUAAAAUUAUCUAAAAAUCAAAUUAUUGAAUUUAUUCAAUAUUUAUUUGAUCAAUCAUUACAUGAACAUAAUAAAAAUAUUUUAUUUAUUACACGUUUAUUAAUUUAUUUAUAUAAAAAUACAUUUAUUACAAAUAAUCAAUGUUUAAAUGUUCUAAUAAAUAUACUUUCAAAAACUCAUGAUUAUGAAAAAGAAUUAUCAUUAUUUAAAUCUGAAUUAGCAACAAUUAUUGCAAAUAUUAUUUGGACUUGUCUAACGAAUGAUCAAGAUGAUUUAUCAUACAAAAGUAAUGGUAAUAAUACUUCGAAAAAGAAUACAACAACAUCAUCAUCAUCAUCAUCAGUCUUAUUAUCAUUAAAUGAUGUAUGUGAGUUACUUAAAGAUGGACAACAUCAUCCACUUUUUCUUCUUUUACUUCAACAACUACAACAACUUUUUAAUAAUGAUGAAAAUUAUAUGUAA